CGCCGACGGCGCGAUGGCGCCGUCGACGUCGAGCGAGGACAUCGGCCCGCCGCCGCCGUAUCACACCCCCCCGCCGUUCGUGUCGUGCUACUCGAACCCGUGGUACCGCCGAUGGGUCCUCUUCCUCCUGUUCCUCGUCACGAUGAUGCAGAGCACGGACAGAAACAUCCCGUCGAUCCUCCUCCCGGAGAUCGCGCCGGAGUUUCACAUGACCGACCUCGGCGGCGGGAUGCUCAACGGCGCCGCGUUCGUGCUCAUAUACGCCGUCGCGACGAUCCCGCUCGCGCGCGUGGCGGACAUGUACGGCCGCAAGAUACUCCUCGUGACGUCGCUCCUCGUGUGGAGCACGCUGACGUCGCUCAGCGCGCUCGCGACGUCCUCGCGCGAUCUCAUGAUCCUCCGCGUCGGCGUGGGGUUAGGCGAGGCCGGGUGCGCGCCCGCGUCCGUGUCGCUGAUCGCGCUGAUGUACGGUCCGUACGAGCGCGCGAGCGCGAUCGCGAUCCAGCAGCUCGGGUUCGCCGCGGGGAUCAUGGCGGCGAACUUUUGCGCCGCGGUGAUGGUCAACUCGUUCGGGUGGCGCGGGAUCUUGGGCGUCCUCGGCGCGCCGGGGUACUUACUCGCGGCCGUGAUCGCGAUCACGCUGCGGGACCCCCCGGUGGUCGCGCGCGCGCAUCGGUACGUGUUGGACGAGGAGACCGGGGAGUUGCGGCGGCGGCGGCGGUCGAAGUGCGCGUCGAUUCGCGACUGGUGGCGAGAGCUGUGGGAAGGCGUGAAGGAGUGCGCCGCGCAUCUGAUGAAACGCCCGACGUUCGUGCACCUCACCGCGGGGGUGAUGAUUCAGCUCGGCGUCGGGCUGGCGAUCAUGGCGUUUUUGCCCACGUUCUUAGAGCGCGUGCACGGGAUGACGACGCGAGAGGUUGGCUUCCGCAUCGCCAUCGUCGGCGGCGUCUUCGGCGGGUUCGGCGUCAUCCUCGGCGGCGUCGUCGGCGAUUACCUCACGACGCGCUCGCGCGGGGACCAGCGACACAUGCUGCUGUUCGUGCUGGGCUGCAACGUCGUCGCCGCGCCGCUAAACGUGUUCGCGUGCCUCGUCGACGACGCGAACGCGGCGACGUACUCCAGCGCCGUCGUCGUCGCGUUGUUCAUGGUCAUGGCGGGGCCCCCGGGGGCGAUCGUGCAGUCGCUCGUCCCGGACAGGAUGCGCGCGACAGCGCAGGGAUUUUUCGGCGUCCUCGCGAACAUGAUCGGCGGGACGAUGGGGCCCGUGAUCGUCGGGUUGCUCUCGGACGCGUUUAAGAAGCCGUACGGCGACGACGGGAUUCGAUACGCGCUCGCGUUGACGAUGGUCUUCUGUCUAUGGGGGCAGUUCCACUGGUGGAUGGCGACGCGAAACCUCCCGAAGGACGUCCUCGUCCCGGGCGGGGGCGAGGGCGCGGAGAAAGGAGAGGCGGGAAGCGCUAGCGGCGGCGCGGCGGGGACGGAGUACGUGCGAUUGAUCGACGACGAGCGAGACGGCGGCGGAUCGAACGGCGGACGCGGGCUGUACGGGUCGAAUAGUCGAGAGCGGAGAGCGGCGUCGUAGCGCGGGUGAUUGAUGAUUAAUUAAACAAACUUCAUCCGUGACGC